UCUGAUAAUCAGUCAUCUUCAUAAGAAAUUAAAAAAAGGGGUUGGGGUGCCAACUAAGAGUUUGCCUUGCACCUCUUCCAUGACUUCCCUUUUACUGUUUGUAAGGCAUUUCCUUAUCACCUACCACUGAUAACUCCAUCCUUCCUUUCCUUCUCUGUCAUAUUACUAUUCUAAAAAAGUUGUCCACAAAAAAUAAAUCAUAUACAUUAUUACAAUUCUAUGUAUCUUUACUCUCUUUUGUAAAUUUAGUACUUUUGUUGUUGUUAACUGGUUUACUGUUGAGGGGGGCAGGUGGUGGUCUAAGAAAACACCAUCUCAGCUUAGAUUUGGACUUGAAUCUCUCAAUGCUGUGAAGAAUCAGAUACAAGAUUGUAAUAUUAGUUUUGCUAUUUAACUUGUGUUGCUCUAAAGAGGGUUUAUUUGUGUGUGUUCUUGGAAUUUGGUUAUUUUGACAUUGUCUUUUGGGGUUUUCUUGGUCAAGAUCUGUAGGGAUUGGUUAAUGAUGAUGGAGUUCUUGAGAUCUGGGCAUUGAAGAUUUGAUAUUGGGUAAUAUCUCAGGAAGGUCUGUUGACAUCCUAGAAGAUGGCUGGUAGUCUAAACGAUGAGUUAUCCAAAAAAACUGCUGUUUUUGGUCUCAAGGUCUGGCAAUUGAUCGGAAUUUUUGUUGGGAUUUUUAUUGUGGCAAUCCUCUUACUGUUGACAUUGUAUCUCACUUUACGGAGGAAGUCGAGAAGAGGUACAGACAAUCUCCCUGUUAGCCAAAUACCAACAGUUUCUAAAGAAAUUAAAGAAGUUCGGGUUGAGCAAGUAUCAACAAAUGAUUUUUCUCCACGAGACGGAAUUCUUCUCACCAUUCAUGACAAAACCAGUGAUAAAGAAUCAGAUAAGGUUCUGGUUCAUCUUGGAAUGGGGAAAAAGAAUGGAGAUAACAGCAGUCAAUCAGGUUCCUUCCAUCAUGUUGACAAGGACUGUUGUGGAUCACAAUCAGGAGAAGAAGGGAGUUCAUGCAAAAGUGCAAUGUAUAAAGCUUAUAAUUCACAUCCAAUAACUGCUCCUUCUCCUCUAACCGGAUUACCUGAGUUUUCUCACUUGGGUUGGGGCCACUGGUUUACAUUGAGAGAUCUUGAGCUUGCAACAGGUCGGUUUUCAAAGGAGAAUAUUCUCGGUGAGGGUGGAUAUGGCAUUGUCUACCGGGGGAAUUUGAUUAAUGGAACACCUGUAGCUAUUAAGAAGCUCCUCAACAAUCUAGGCCAAGCAGAGAAAGAGUUCCAAGUGGAGGUUGAAGCCAUUGGCCAUGUGCGUCACAAAAAUUUGGUCCGCCUUCUAGGAUACUGCAUUGAAGGAACUCACAGGAUGCUGGUUUACGAAUAUGUCAACAAUGGCAAUUUGGAACAGUGGCUUCAUGGAGCCAUGCGACACCACGGGUAUCUAACUUGGGAGGCUAGGAUGAAGGUUCUCCUUGGGACAGCUAAAGCUCUUGCCUAUUUGCAUGAGAAUAUUGAGCCCAAAGUUGUUCAUCGAGAUAUAAAAUCAAGUAAUAUAUUGAUUGAUGAUGACUUCAAUGCGAAGGUCUCUGAUUUUGGUCUGGCCAAACUGCUUGGUGCUGGUAAAAGUCAUAUCACAACUCGAGUCAUGGGUACCUUUGGGUAUGUGGCUCCUGAAUAUGCAAAUACUGGUCUCUUGAAUGAAAAGAGUGAUGUUUAUAGCUUUGGGGUAGUGUUGUUAGAAUCGAUCACAGGAAGAGAUCCUGUGGACUAUGGCCGUCCUGCCCAAGAGGUGAAUCUUGUUGAUUGGUUGAAAAUGAUGGUUGGAAGCAGGCGCUCUGAGGAAGUAGUAGAUCCAAAUAUUGAAACAAGGCCACCAACAAGAGCUCUCAAAAGAGCCCUUCUGACUGCUCUGAGAUGUGUUGAUCCAGAUUCUGACAAGAGACCAAAGAUGAGCCAAGUUGUUCGUAUGCUUGAAUCAGAGGAAUAUCCCAUACCAAGAGAGGAUCGAAGGCAACGAAGAUCUCAAGCAGGUAACGGGGAGAGUGAUUCUCAAAACUACGACACUGACAAGAGUGACAACCCAGAUCCAAGGUCGGAAAGUAGAAGGAACCAUCAAGUAUAACCAUCUAAGACACAGCUUUCUGGUCUUUUAUGAGGAGUGUGCCACUUACAAAGCUUUCAUCAUAAUGAAAGUCUACCGGAUCAAAAUGAGUAGGAGGAUGAACUGUUUCUGCUCGUAUAUUGCUGGUCAGAGAUUGACUACUUUUCUCCCCCCCUUUAAGGGUUCUAUUCUUUCUUAUUAUCUUUUAUUUGUACCUUGUUUUUUCUUCUUAUUUUGGUUCUUUCCUUGUAUGAAAGUAGAUAGGGAGUUAAUUGUUGUGGACUUGAUGGUCUUGUAACUAAACUGGAAGCAAUCAGGGGCGGGGUUUGUGUACAGAAGAAUUUCUUGCUUCGGUAUUCAACAUUGUUCAAGUAGUAUUGUAAUUUAUUUUCUUCUAAUGUAAAUUCUAGCAGAAACAAAAUAUGCAAUGUGAUUUCGUUUCAUCUGCCUAA